AUGCGGUAUACAGCAGCCAAGACCUACUGCUUCUUAUUCCAAGCAGAUAUCGCAAUCGUCUCGUCACCCAGCUUGACUAUCUACCUCAAACUCUCGCAAUCAGGCAACAUUCAACACAACAAUAUGCGCUUCCUCGCCAUCACCUUCCUCGGCGUCUUCGCCCACCUUGCUGCCUCCGCCGCCGUGUCGCCGAUUGAGAAGAGACAGGGCGAAUGCAUCUUUACCAAGUGUUGCGACGUCAACGGUCACAGUACCACAUUCUGCUUCAAUUGGGGAGAAAGAUCAACCCACCGUGCUAGAGUGGCCGAGACGGACACGGCUGUGCUAUCAGGGGUGAUCGAGUUAUUCCGCGACUCGAUUGUCGAAGAUGAUGUCGAUGUUCGUCAAAUUGCUGCAAGGAACCCAGGCAAACUUGGCCACGUGAUGCUGCCGGCCGGUAUGAACAAUGCAUUGACAUGGCUGGCUAUUCGAGUGUGUGCGGUGGGCUUUGUACAGCAUGAUGCACCUCGCCAAUAG